AUGAAACAUUUUUGGGUAUCAUCUAAUCAUAAUUAUUUAUGGGUCGUGGGCUUGUUAUUUUGGAUUACCUGUGUUUUUGGAGAAGAAAAUUUGAUUACAACAGAAAAGUUAUGUGAUAGUAGACGGGAUGGUAUAUAUGGUUAUAAACAAUGUAGUAAUAAAUUUAUUUAUUGUAUUAAUAAUGUGCCUACUGUUGCUUUUUGCUCAGAAGGAACAAUUUUUGAUGAGUAUUCUCGGGAAUGUGUUCACAAAUCACUUGCAGUAUAUUGCCGUGGAAGGACGGAAAACAAAAAUAAUGAAGAAACAACUUCGAGUAGUAAGAAUGACAAAUCUACUACUAACUCGGAUCCUGUAAUGGAACUAGAUAGAAUGUGUAUUACUGAUAAUUUUGUUUUUUCUGAUAAUUGUUCAUCUAUUUUUUGGAAAUGUAGCAAUGGUGUAGCUCAUAGUUUUAAAUGUCCAAAUGGACUAAUAUAUAAUGACAAAACAGGUGGUUGUGGGUUUGCUGAUGAAGUUGAUUCAUGUAAAAUAUCUGACAACACCAGUGGAUCACGAAAUUUCAGGAAAAUGUCAUCAAAUGUUGCCGGAGAUAAGUUAGCUAAAGAGUUCUCUUAUGAAGUUAUGAAUUUUGAACGCUAUUGUGACAACAAAGAAGUUGGUGUAUAUUCUUUUAGUAAUUGUUCAUCAAGAUAUUACAUAUGUGGACAAAAUUCAUUUAAUAUUGCAAGAUGUCCUCUAACAUAUAUGUUCAAUCCCAAAACAAGACGUUGUGAAAGUUCAGAUGAAUAUAAAUGUAUACCAGACCACAAAGAACAUACUAAUAAACUUUUAAAUGGAAAGUAUAAUUGUGAUGGAAAAGUUGAUGGUUACUAUGGAUUUGGUGGAAUAUAUAAAGACUUUUAUGGAUGUCUAAAUGGUGAAUUUUUCUAUUAUUCAUGUGAAAAAGGUUUAUAUUUCAAUCCUGUAUCUCAAUAUUGUGAGCAUCUUGUAAAAACUAAAAAUUCUGAUGGUUCGGGCAAGGAUUCGAAGAAAUUUAUCAUGUCCUACAGAAAGAAAAGUAAAACAGAGUUUGAUUGUUCAAAUGUUCCACAUGGUCUAUAUUCACUUGGAUGCUCACCUAUAUAUUUUUCAUGUGAGCCUAACCAUACUGUAAUGAAGAGAUGUUCAUUAGGAAAAGUUUUUAAUCAAAAAACAUUAGCUUGUUCCACAUUUGAGGAAUGUCAAACUACCAUUAUAGAGGUUGAGAUUGACUUAAUAAUACAUGGUGUCAGAUGCUCGAAUGAAAAUGAAUACAAAACAUUUGGCUGUAAACCAUAUUAUAUUUAUUGUUGCAAUGGUGAACAAUACCUUCAAUACUGUGCUGCAGGUGAAGUUUUUGAUCCUAAACUAGGGAAAUGUACAUCUGAUCAUCUCUGCAAUAUUUAUGAUGACCGUGAUGAAUCUGAAGUUACAACAACAACAAUUGCCGUACCACAUUGUGUUCCAAAUGAAAGAUCACCCGUUGGUCAAUGUAUGCCUGAGUAUUUAGAAUGCAACAGAGAAGGUCAAUUUGUAAAACAUGUCUGUCAAGGUGAAGAAGUAUUUGAUCACAUAAAAGGAUUUUGUCGUUUACCUCAUGAAUGUGGUAAACCAAUUGAAACAAAUAAAGGUGAUGGAGAAUUAUGUACACCUGGGAAAACUAAAGCAAUAAUGUCUUGUCAUGAAUUUUAUUUCCGUUGCAAUGAUCAUGGAAGACAAUCCAUUAUUCAAUGUUCCAAAGGAAUGCUUUAUGACGAAAAUUUUGGUUAUUGUAGACCUGAAAACUUAUGUGGAAAAUUAAUUGAUGUAAAACCUUCUACAACAACAACAGUAGAACCAACAACCCAUAAAUUGAAAGAAUGUAAAGUUGGAGAAGUAAUGGUUGUGGCAGAAUGUGGUACUGCUUAUACAGAGUGUGGACCAGAUGAAUUAUUUCAAAUUAAAAUGUGCCCUAGUGGAACAGGUUUUGACUCCAGAGAAUCUCGAUGUGUUUCUUUACAUAGGUGUGGCAAAACUAUCUCUGAAACUACAACUAUAAAGUCAGUCGAUACAACGACUCUUGACGAACAUGAAGUUAUGUGUACACCAGGAGAGUUAGAUAUAAUUUACGAAUGUUCACCAAAUUAUUUGGAGUGUAACAAAGAUUCUCGUUUUACUAUUCGUCAUUGUGAAAAUGACUAUCUUUUUGAUGGUGUAAAAAAAGAAUGUUUACCACACAAUGUAUGUGGAAAACUUGUUACUUCUACUGCUCCUCCAAAAAUGUUAUGUAGACCUGGUUAUGCAUUUGCUGAAAUUCAUUGCAGUGAAGGAUAUUUCCACUGUAGUAGUCUUGGACAAUAUGAAUCUAUGAGAUGCUAUGAAGGUUUCGUAUUCGAUAAAUAUGUCAAACAAUGUGUCAAGGAAUCUUUCUGUUCUCUUCAUAGACCAAAAACGACCACAUCUUUACCAUUUGAGAAGUGUAGUGUUGGGGAAAUUUUGGUUAUUAGUGACUGUUUCCAUAAAUAUUCUAAAUGUAACGAGUAUGGAGAGUUCCAAAUUAUAGAUUGUGAAAAAGGAUUUGUUUUUGAUGCAACAAAGAAGUCCUGUGUUAGUAAAAAGUUAUGUGGUUUGAAAGACACACCUCCAUUAAUGACGACUACAACACAAAAAACAAGUGAAGAAGAUGAAUCUGUUAAAUGUACAGCUGGAACCUAUGAAGUUAUUGCUGAAUGUUUCAAACAAUACCUUAAAUGUAACGAUUUUGGAAGGGUAGAAGUCAAGAGUUGUUCUGAUGGAUAUGUUUUUGAUCUUAAUUACAAAUCAUGUGUCAAAGAACAUCUUUGCGGUCGACAUGAGAUAGAAGAACCAACGACUCCAUCCACAACAACAGCAGUCGUUGAGGAUGAAUCAAGUAAAUGUACUCCAGGAGUUUAUGAAAUUAUUAACGAAUGCUUCCAACAAUUUCUUCAAUGUAGUGAUUCAGGAAGGUUUGAAGUUAAAAACUGUCCAAAGGGAUUUGUCUUCGAUUCUAGUUGUGAAAGCUGUGUUGACAGAAAAAUCUGUGGUCGCAAGAAAACAGAAAGACCAAUAACUUCAUCUACGACUACCUUUAAAACUCCAACAACUAUGGAAACAACAACUGCAGUUGCCGAAGAUCAAUCAAACAUAUGUAUUCCAGGAUCUUAUGAGUACAUUGGUGAAUGUUUCCAACAGUUCCUUCAAUGUAGCGAUUCAGGGAAGUUUGAAAUAAAUAGUUGUCCAGUAGGAUUCGUUUUUGAUAUCAACUAUGGAGGUUGUGUUGAAGAAUACAUGUGUGGUCAAAAAGUGGUUGAAGAGACAACUACUCCAUCCACAACAACUUCAUCUACAACAACUACAACUACCUCAUCUACAACCACCUUUAAAACUUCAACAACAACUAUGGUUGCUGAAGACCAAUCAAGCAAAUGUAUCCCAGGAACCUAUGAAAUUAUAAGUGAAUGUUUCCAACAAUUUCUUCAAUGUGGUGAUUCUGGAAAGUUUGAAAUAAAGAGUUGUCCAGAAGGAUUUGUUUUUGAUCUUAAAUACAGAGGUUGUGUCGACGAAUAUGUAUGUGGUCAAAAAGAAACUGAAGAAACAACUACUCCAUCCACAACAACUUUUAAAACUUCGACAACAACUGUGAUUGCUGAAGAUCAAUCAAGCAGAUGUACUCCGGGAACCUAUGAAGUUAUCGAUGAAUGCUUUGAACAAUUCCUUCAAUGUAGUAGUUCUGGAAAGUUUGAAAUAAUAAGUUGCCCAGAAGGUUUUGUAUUCGAUGCCAAGUAUGAAGCUUGUGUCGAUAGAUAUGUAUGUGGGCAAAAAGAAACUGAAGAAACAACUACCCCAUCCACGACAACAACUUUUAAAACUUCAACAACAACCAUGGUUGCUGAAGAUCAAUCAAACAAAUGUACUCCAGGAACCUAUGAAGUUAUUGAUGAAUGUUUCCAGCAAUUCCUUCAGUGUGAUGAUUCAGGAAAAUUCGAGAUAAAAAAUUGUCCACAAGGGCUUGUUUUUGAUCUUAAGUACUUAAGAUGUAUCGAUGAAUACAUUUGUGGUAAUAAAGAAAUUGAGGAAACAACAACUUUAUCUACAACUACUCUUCAAGCAACGACCCAACCAAAUCAAUGUAUUCCAGGAACUUAUGAUAUCAUCGGUGAAUGUUUCAAACAGUUUCUCAAGUGUGGUAAAUCAGGAAAAUACAAAGUUAAAAGAUGUCCAAGAGGGCAAGUUUUUGAUUCUAACCGUAAACGUUGUGUUGAUAAAAACAUUUGUGGUUACCCUGAAGUAGAAGUAACAACACCAACUGCUGUUGAAGAUGAAUCAAGUAAAUGUAUUCCAGGAACUUAUGAAACUAUUGACGAGUGCUUCCAACAAUUCCUUCAAUGUAGCGAUUCAGGAAUAUUUGAAAUCAAAAAUUGCCCACAUGGAUUUGUUUUUGAUCUUACAUAUAAAGGUUGUGUUGACAAAUACGUCUGUGGCCACAAAGAAAUCGAACAAACAACAACUAUCAGAACAACAACAGCAAUUGAAGAUAGUUCUAUCAAAUGUGUUCCAGAUACAUAUGAAAUUAUUGACAAAUGUUCUCAACAAUAUCUUUAUUGCAACAAUUUUGGAAAAAUUGAAGUUGAAAGUUGUUCUGUUGGAUUUGUCUUUGCUUUUGAGAUAAGGGGUUGUGUCAAAAAGUAUUUGUGCAACAAUCAUGGAUAUGAUGAAACUACAUUCACACCAAUUACACAGAAAACAAAGUUUACUACAAUGAGACCGGUCACUACCACCACCUUACCAUUAAAAGCAUGCAAAAAUGGCGAAAUCAGAGAGUUAGGAAAAUGUUAUCCAGCCUUCUUGUUCUGUGAUUUGUCAAAUAAUUUUAUAGUUAGAAGUUGUGGUUAUGGAAAAGUUUUUGAUGAAAAAGAUUUAGUAUGUGUUAAUCCUGAAGAAUGUGGAGUUGAACCUGUUAUCUCAACAACAACUAUUAAAGCACCAACUUGUUUACCAGGAGAUUUUAUGGUUGGAACAAAUUGUGUUCCUUCUUACUUCAAAUGUAAUCAAUAUGGCAUUUUUGAAAUGAAGACAUGUUAUGGUAACACCGUUUUUGACGAAGACAAGAAGCAAUGUAUAGAUCCAAGUAUUUGUGGUAAAUUAUUUCAACCAACUACUGAAGCUCCAAAAGAAUAUUGCAAAUUGGGUUCAUUUAUUGAGAUUGAUUUAUGUUAUCGAGAAUAUGCAUAUUGCGAUGAAUCUGGUGACUAUGUCAUUAAACAUUGUCCAGAUAAUUAUGUUUUUACUUCAAAGUCAAAUUCAUGUAUACUAAAAGAAAAAUGUGAAUCUGGAUUUACUACUGUCGCUCCCACUACUACUACGACUACAGAAUGUAUUGUCGGAUCAUACAAAGAGAUAUCUCAAUGUUUUAAGGAUUACUUGAAAUGUGUUGAACCAGGAAUUUAUGUCUAUGAAAAUUGUGAAUCAGGUCUUGUUUUCAAUCGCGAUACAUUAUCAUGUACAACUUUGAAAGAAUGUAAUGGAAAUGACAAAGGAUACGGAUCAGAUACUGUUGAAGGAUACAGAAAACCAACUUGGUAUGAUGAUCAUAAACCAAUACCUUUUGGACCAGAGACAGAUCAUGUUGUGGACAAGUUCAAUUUUGUUGAUCAUUAUCCUCAUGAUAUUCACAGCAUACUUAAUACUUAUCAUACAAAAGAAGAAUUAGAAGGACACGGUGUUAAAGAUGAAUUUUUAAGAAACACACAUGUUCCAAUAAGAUACUCGAGUCCUUACGAUUUAGAUAACAAUCCUGAUGACUUAAAUCUUUAUGAACCACUUUUUUCACAUGGACCAAUAGUUUCUGGUUAUGCUCCAUCUCACCAUGAUCACCAUGAUGACCAUGACUUUGUUAUGGAUGGUUUCACUGGAGAUGCCAUUAAUCACCACUUUUUAGAUCACAGAACAAACUAUGCUGAAGAAGGUGAACAUGAUUUUAUCUUAGAUAAAUUUUUAGACAGAAAUGAAAUAUUACAUCAUGAUUUUGAACCUUAUCAUUCUCAACAUGUACCAGAUCAUGGACAUCAUUAUCAAGUAGAUGAAUUUUUGAUUCCUCCAGAGUCUGAUUUCAACGAUAGAUUUGGUAUACAUCAUCCACAUCAUUCACACCAUCCACACCACUCAGACCAUCAUGAAAGUCAUUUCAACCAUGAAGAACCUCCUUACGAUGACACCUAUACUUCAAACUUUGAUGUUGAAAAUUAUCCUGAAACUUACGAUAACAUUAGAUACAAAAGAUCAACUACUGAUGUAGAAGAAAAUGGCAAAGAAAAAAAGUUGAAUGACAAAACGUCUAAGAAUUUUGAAUAUUAUCCUAUUUUCGAUCACUCUUCACAUAUGGCUGGUUCUCUCAAAAUGUUCUGUAACAUUUCAAUUAACAAUCUUGCACCAAUUGGUUACUGUACAGAAGAAUUUGUCAAUUGCACUAUUCCUGAUGAUGUAUUUAUUCAAAGAUGUCAUGGUCGUAAUGUUUUUGAUAGAAAGUCUGGAGAGUGUGUUCCAUACGAAGUUUGCGUAAACUCAAGACCUGUCUACAAUUCUAGAUCUUUAGAUUUUGAUAAUGAUGUUUUAGAUAAUAAGGUUUGUACUGAAUUAGGUGAUGGUGUUUACUAUAAAGAAGGAUGUGGAAAAUAUUUUGUAGUAUGUAACAAUAGUAGAAUGGCUCAUAUGCAUUGUCCUCGUGAUAUGUAUUUUGAUAUAAAUCGUUUCCAAUGUGAUUAUCUUGAAAAUAUAGAUGCUUGCAAACACACAGUAUUCAGAGAAGAUGAAGAUCGUCUAGAAGUACCUACACCAAAGUUUAAUUGUAAAAAUGUUCCAAAUGGAUUUAUCGGAGCUGAAUGUUCAAAUGUUUUUGCUUAUUGUCAAAAUGAAAUUGUCAAAAGAAAAUUCAGAUGUCCAAGAAAUCAUGUUUUUGAUUCUGCUUCUAGAUUAUGUGUAUUACCAGAAAUGGUUCAUAGUUGUGACGAUAACCCAAUGUUUGUUGAUCCUCAAUGUGCUUCAAAUCCAAAUAAAGCUUUUGGAACACAUUGUUCUUCAUUAAUUCACCAUUGUCUUAAUGGAAGACAUUAUACAUAUCCAUGUGGAGAAGAUAGAUUUUUAAAUAAUUUGACAAUGCAAUGUUUACCUAUUAGAGAAAUGAGAGAAUGCGAAGGAAAGAUUAAUUUCAGAGGAUAUGAAAUAGAGGAAUUAGAAAAUUCUUGUAAAAUUAGUGGUGUUCAAAAUGUUGCUAUUGAUACAUGUAAUAAAGAGUAUAUCAGAUGUUUAAAAUCUGGAAAACAACUUUAUGUUAAAUGUGAUGGAGGGUUAGUUUUUGAUGAACAAGCAAACACUUGUGUUCCAUUGGAUCAAUGUAUUACUAAAUAUUCACUUAAUGAUAAAAAUAAUGAAGCUACAGUACCACCUACAUACAUCAAAAAGGAUGAAUCACUUUUAGUUGUAGUUGAUCCAAUAUGUGAAGGAAAAAAAGGAAAUAAAUUUGUAGCAACAGGAAUGUGCAAAAAAGAAUAUAUUGAAUGUAUCAAGACAACUGCAGUUAGACGAUCUUGCGAAAAUGAUUAUGUAUUUUCUAAAUUAAAAAAUUCAUGUGUCUAUAAAUUUACAUCAUCAGAAUGUGAAUUUCCUAAAUUUGACAAUCAACAAUUUACUGAUGACAAUGAAAUGCCACCAUUUGAUUCUGCUAAAUUUUGUACUGGAAAAGAAAAUAGAUUUUAUAGAAAUCCACAAAAUUGUACUGUUGCUAUCAGGUGUUAUGAACAACAAACACAUGCAAUGUAUACAUGUGCAAGAGGCUUAGUUUAUGAUGAAGAAAAUCAAAAAUGUGAUUAUGCUCAGAAAUUCCAACGAUGUGUUGGUUCAGAAGAAAUAGAACCUGUUUUAAAUAUAACAUCUGAUGUUGAAUGUACAAUAGCUAAUCAUGGACUUUUUAUUCCUGAUGCUUCAGAUUGUACAAAAUACUAUCGUUGUGUUUGGGGUACACUUGUUGAAAAGAAAUGUCCUUUGAAUACCCGAUUUAAUCCAAAAUUCUCUGUUUGUGAUACACCAUCAUCUCCAGAUUCAUGUGAAUUUAAAUAA